AUGUCUCUCGAUACUUUACCUCUCGAGAUCACCCAACAAAUCGUCGGGGAUGCGGCGCCAGAUGGGUUUGAAAGCAUCGCUCUCACCUGCAAGUCACUCUUCCGUGACUGCCAUCCCCUCAUCAACGAUUAUAACCGAAAGAAACGACGUUUCUGGUCCUUUCGCUACUCUCACCACUCCGCUGAUGUUGACUGUGACGCUCCCAGUGACAAGUCAGCCUGCAAUGUUCUCCAUCACUGGGAUGAUGCCACUGCUACCACCGGAUUCAAAGUCACCGACGUUUUCGGCCUACUCGCUCACGUUUUGAGAGACCCUAGCAUCGGCCGCUUCAUUCAUUCGCUUGACUUGAAGCAUGCCCGGGUUCUUCUACCUCUUGGCAUCCUUCCUAAUGCCAACCACAAUGCAGACCGCAUUCGAGGCCCCUCCCCUCAUUGGGCCGAGGAGGACGAGGCUAACAUUCGCCGAUUCUUGUCAGAUCCAGUAUAUGGUGAGGACUUUUUGGAGAAUCCCUCCACCUACAACUUGAAUACAGUGUCUGUAGUUGAAGCCGAAAUUUGGCUUCUCAACUUCCUGCCCAAUGUGAAGGACAUAGCCCUUUCCAAAGCCUGGGCCUAUACGGCCCCUCCAAGCAGGCUGAAGCAGCUAGAAUCGAUCGCGCAACGUGCCAAUGACCCCAAGAAGCCCGAAGCUUCCCUAUCACAGCUGACUGUUAUGAAACCGUUUGUCGGCCAUGGCUUCAUAUCGAUCGCACCGCUCUCCCAGCUGACGCCUUUUCUCUCCCUGAAUUCGCUCCAAGAAUUCUAUAUGGGCGGGGUUCAAGCAUGGGGGACAAACCCGACGGACAACUAUUUCACCGCCAGCACCUUGGGUAUUAAUCUCACCAAGAUCGAACUGAACGGGUCAUGCAUAGACAUACCUGAGCUGUCUGAGCUGCUGGGUAAAACGCCAAAUCUGAGAUCCUUGUGCCUUAAUUUAGAGAGCAAGCCGAAUUCAGCCGGUAGCAGCUACGACAUUGGCCACAUGAUCUCCAUUAUAGGAUCUCGGAUUGGCGACGUGAUUGAGGAGUUAGCAAUUGUCACGUAUCCGAUAGAAUGGUACAGCACAAGUCCCGCUAGCAUGAGCGCCUUCCAGCGUCUGAGAAGCUUUGAAAUCGACUUGCGUUCACUCUGGGGCGGUCCAACCUUCCGGGGCAGACGUUUCUUUCGAGAUGACUCUAGCUGGGUACCACUCCCUCUUGUCGAUAUACUCCCGCCCUCAUUGGAGACUGCGAAGAUCUAUUCCCAAAAUCUCGCGAGAGAGGGCAGGGUCGUUACGAACAUUUCCAACUUACUCCGUGGGUUUCGAGACGAGCACCACUCCAAACUACCCCGGCUAGUUGAUAUCGAUCUUGUCUGUCCACCUCCUGGACGAGGACCUGUUUUAGAGGCACUGCGGAUCGCUGCCGAAGCUGGCUUACGGGUUCAUCAUCAUCAUCAGCAUCGAUGCGCGCCGACAUUUACAUGGAGUUUCAAUUCACGAUUCGGGGUAGCCGAUGCUCAAUAUGAUAGAUAA